AUGCCAAUGGCUCAAUAUUUAAACAAUCCGUCAAUGACGGAACUUCGCUAUAAACACCUUCGUUUUCUAAUUACUGAUAGUCCAGCAGAUGAAAAUCUUCAAUCAUUUGUCGAAGCUUGCUUAAAAUUUGGUGUAACAACAUUAGUUCGUGUCUCAGAAAAAACUUAUGAUACAAAACCAAUUGAAGCAGCUGGUAUUAAAGUUUAUAAUCUUGAAUAUCCCGAUGGCAGUGCACCUGAUUCAAUUGUCCGUGAUAAGUGGUUAAAUAUUGUUAAGGAAAAUAAAAGUGGCUGUAUUCUUGUUCAUUGUGUUCACGGACUUGGACGAUCACCGGUUCUUGUUGCAAUGGCUUUACGUGAAGCUGGUAUGAGUCGACAAGAAUCAAUUGAUUUUGUUCGUUCACGCCGUCGUGGAUCAUUUAAUAUUCGACAAUUAGAAUUUCUUCAAGGCUAUCAAUCAGGUCAUCGUCUUAUUAACAAGCAUGCUGGCUGUUUUAUCAUGUAA